GUUUCGCGUUUGCCACUAUAGGUAAUGUUGUGUAAACAAUAGUACCUAGUGCAGUGUUGUGUUUGUGCUCCAGUUUUCCGAGUUUCCGACUUUCGGGUUCCGAGUUGCCGACUUUCGGGUUUCGAGAUUCCAAAGUUUCGGGUUUAAAGUUCAGCGAAUAGGGAGCACUGAUCAAAAUUGAAAACAGAACGGAAGAUUAUGCAAAAUUCUUAAAAAUGGCGCCACAAGAAAGAACUGCAUACGUCUCCGAAGAUGAUUCGCAAAACACAUCAAAUAAUUUGUCUAACAUAGAUUUGAGUGGGGGUUUCGUCAACAAGGCUUACGAGAAUGACAGUACAGAUGUUGCCACACCGAAAAAUUUACCCCCAAACGAGGGAGAAAAGAAGAAGAAUACGGAUUUCGAUGAUCUCUUGCCGUAUGUUGGGGAAUUCGGAUUGUAUCAGAAGAUACUGUUUCUACUCAUGAUACCGUUUGCGUUUUUCGUCGCUUUUGUGUAUUUUUCGCAAAUUUUUAUGACUAUCGUGCCUGAAGAACAUUGGUGCUGGGUGCCUGAGCUCGCCAAUUUGACUGUUGAAGAGAGACGAGCUCUAGCCAUUCCACCAUCAGAUGGACCCUUCUCCCACGAUCGUUGCAAUAUGUAUUCAGCGGACUUCAGGCAAGCGUUGGCUGAUGGUAGAACAACUCCUGAUGAUGAAUGGCAGAUCGUACCUUGCAAAUAUGGGUGGGAGUACAACAAGUCUGAUGUUCCUUAUGACACUAUUGCUUCUGAGUUGGAUUGGGUGUGCGACAAGGACAACCUAGGCGCUACAGCUCAAGCUAUCUUCUUCUGCGGCGCUAUAGUAGGUGGUCUAGUAUUCGGAUGGAUAGCUGAUAAAUAUGGGCGAAUUCCAGCUUUAGUUGGCACCAACCUCCUCGGUUUCAUAGCAGGAAUAGGAACUUCUUUCUGCAAUAGUUUCCUCACAUUCGCGCUCUGCAGGUUCUUCGUGGGACUCGCCUUUGACAACUGUUUUACUAUGAUGUACAUCCUGGUGUUGGAGUACGUUGGACCCAAAUGGAGAACAUUUGUCGCCAACAUGUCCAUUGCUCUGUUCUUCACCCUGGCUGCGUCACUUCUACCCUGGAUCGCGUUGUGGGCUGAUGAUUGGCGAAUGUUUGCUAUGGGCACCAGUUUGCCAUUCGCAUUGGCUAUAUUGACACCUUGGUUGGUUCCUGAGAGCGCUAGAUGGUUGGUCUCACAAGGCAAAAUAGACAAAGCUCUGACGAUCAUGAAGAAGUUCGAAAGAAUCAACAAGACUAAAAUACCUGAAAAAGUCCUCAGCGAUUUUACAGAAUCCUCCCUAAAAACCAUAAAAGAAUCAGAAGCUGAAUGCAGAACUUACUCCGUAUUGGACCUCUUUAAGACUCCUCGGUUGAGGCGCAAUGCGAUACUCCUCAUUGUGAUCUGGAUGGCCAUAUCCUUGGUCUUUGAUGGCCAUGUCAGGAACGUUGGGUCUUUGGGUCUGGACAUCUUCCUGACGUUCACUAUUGCGUCAGCUACGGAACUGCCUGCUGAUACGUUUUUGACAGCUGUUUUGGACAGGUGGGGUAGAAGAUGGUUGGCGUGUGGUUCCAUGGUGAUUAGUGGUAUCUUCAGUUUAUUAGCCACAGCUGUACCUGUUGGUGGACCAUCAGCUUCCCUAGCUAUCCUCGGUCGUUUCGCCGUGAACAUCUCUUAUAACAUUGGUCUUCAGUACGCUGCUGAACUGUUGCCCACUGUAGUGAGAGCCCAGGGUGUAGCGCUUAUCCACAUCAUGGGCUAUGUAGCUUCUAUAGUGGCUCCGUUUGUGGUGUACUUGGCCAACAUCUCCCAAGAUCUCCCUCUCCUAAUUCUUGGCGUGCUGGGUAUAGCUGGUGGUCUACUCUGUCUCUUCUUACCAGAGACUAUGGACACUGAGAUGCCUCAAACUCUGCUUGAUGGAGAGAACUUUGGCAAGGAUCAGAGGUUCUGGGACAAUCCUUGUUUCCCCAGGAACAAACCCGAACAAGCAGAAAGCGAGGAACACACCGCCAGGUAUACCAAACGAGCUUCAGUGUCCACCGCCGAACCUCAAGAGUUCGUCAGAGCAGUUCCCAGUGCCAUCGGCUCCAGAGCCUCGAUCAGGGCUUCGAUCAGAGCAAGUACCAGGGCGUCAGCUCGAAGAAGAGAUGUCAAUACGGAUAGAAACGUCGUUUGAAGAGGAAUUGAAUUUCUUCUUAGCUGUUCGCCAAAAAAUUGUGUACAAAAUUUUGAAUGUUUCGAUUUGAAACUUGAUGUGCCAAGACUGUUUUAAAGAAGAGGGGGGGGGGUAAGAAAGGAGGUUUCCAUUUUGGAGGUUUUGUUUUGUUUCUUGAAGUGAUCUCAAUCAUUUUGGAUAUGGUUUGGUCCUGCAAUAUUUUUUGUGGAUUUGUUUCGAGACAAUUUGAUUUUAAUUCAUAAUUCAAAUUAUUGGUAUACGGUAUCCAGUUGACUGUUUUUUGCAAUGUAUUCAACAAUUUCGUUAUAAAAGGUACCUACUAUAGGAGUUUUAUGACCAAUUUAAAUAGCUGACGAAAUGAAAGCCAACAACAAACGCAUUUUAUUUUAAAUUAUGUUCAAAUUACCGGAAUCAUCUAAAUAUUUAAUCUGCGGACUAAAAUAUUUAAUUGAUGAAUAUCAGAAAAAACAUUGUACUUCAAUUAAAACCAUGUAUAUUAUAAACUAAAUUUUUGCUAAUAAAAUCAAGGUUAGAAAAAAAUAUUGCAGGACUGCGUUGGUGAAUUAUGAUGAAGUGUCGAAGAACUCUGAAUUGUCCUAGAAUCGGCCAGAAAGGUAAUGCCAUGCCUUAAUGAAAGUGCUAUUUAGGCAUUUAUUAGGCAAUUUAAAAAAACAAUGUUAUAUAAAUAUCGGAUCUGAAUUUUCUCUCUUUAUUGCUCAGCGAUAAGUAACGAUAAUUAUCAAAUA